UGUGGAUGGCAUCAGCUCCCACGACCUGCACCAGGGCCAGGUGGGCAACUGCUGGUUUGUGGCGGCCUGCUCGUCCCUCGCUUCCCGCGAGUCACUGUGGCAGAAGCAAGCCAGCUCUCAGCCCAUCCGUGGUGGCCAGCGCGGUUGCCACAGCAGCUGGUCCCUGAGGAGCCUGCCACCCUCCUGCCCGCCUGCAGUACCUCCAUUACCGCUUCUGCGAGGAGUAGAGAAGGAGGCGUGUGGGGACGCCCGCCCUCCUGCACACUCCAUUUUGAGGACGGGGUGGGGCUGGGAAGAGCCAGUGGCAAAGAGGGGCGGGACGAGGAGGGGGCGAAAGGGGAGACGGGGCCCCUCUUUGGUGGCCUCUCGCCUUGGCCGUGAGGCCCCAGUCCACUCGGCUCCUGGACGGUGGAGGCGGCAGCAGCAAGGGGGCCAUGGCGGAGGACGAGCCGAAGCCGACCCAGCUGGACACGCCCCUGGUCCUGGGCGAGGACCUGACCAAGCAGCUGCGGCUGCGCGUGGAGAGUCUGAAGCAGCGCGGGGGGAAGCGCCAGGAUGGGGGGAAGCGCCAGGAUGGCGAGAAGCUGCCGCCAGCCGAGUCCACGUACCGCAUCGACUUCAUCCAGCAGCAGAGGCUGGACGGCGUGCUGGACAAGCCGGGCAAGGUCACCAUCACGGGCACCUCCCAGAUCUGGAUGCCCGAUCUCACCAACCUCAUGACGCGGCAGCUGCUGGACCCCGCUGCCAUCUUCUGGCGCAAGGAGGACUCGGAAGCCAUGGAUUGGAAUGAGGCCGACGCCCUGGAGUUUGGGGAGCGCCUGUCCGAGCUGGCCAAGAUCCGCAAGGUCAUGUACUUCCUCAUCACCUUCAGCGAGGGCGUCGAGCCUGCCAACCUCAAGGCCUCCGUGGUCUUUAGCCAGCUCUGAUGGCAGCUGCCCGCUGCUACCCUCUCCCUUGGCCCACCUGCCUGACCCCUGCCCAUACCCCUUUCCCCCAUGUGUGUGUUUGGGGACAUUCUUCUAGCUGCUGGCCUGUACUUGGCUUGGCCGGGACCCCUGAGCCUGCGUCCUUUCCUCCUCCUUUCCUUUCUCUCCUUUCCCUGGUGCUGGCGCUCCUGUUCACGGGAGGAAGAUGCAAGGGCUCCGUAGUCUAGAAGCUGACCUGGCUGCCGCUGCUUCUGCCGUAGACCAUGGAGACCUGGUCGGGGCUAGUGUGGGGAGAUGGAGAGGCCAUGGGAGAUGGCCUUCUCUCUGCUCCAUUGUUGGGAGAGAGACUGAGAGACCAAGACAGAGACAGACACAGACCGAGAGGGACACCUCUAAGGAACCAGCCAUUGGGCUUCCUCCGGAGACAGGGGCCCAGAGAUGACGAAGAGAUGACAAAGCAGCUUCCUUGGAGAGUCUGGCACACAGGCGUUUGCUGCCCUCCUGGCCACGAUGCCCCUUCCCAGUGUCUGUUUCUGGAGGUGAACACUCAGGGCACCUUGUGUGGGCCCGCGACACCUCAGGGCUCUUAAGACAUUGGGCAGGGUUGCUGUGAGGGCUGAUUUGGGCAGUGGGCAGUGGCUGGCAUGCUGGAGGCUGUGCAGGCCAGCUCUUGGUUUUCUGGGACUUCAGGAGGGGAGAAGUGAAGGGGGAGAUCUCAAAAACGUUGCAUAGAGAUGUAUCUAUCUAUACGUACACAUAUGUAUUGAGAGAGAGCAUGCUAUAUUCAUAUGGUUGUAUUCCAUACCUGCCCUGUGGAUAAGCCUGAAUUGCCCAGCUGGUUCCCUGGUGGCCCUUAGCAGGGGCUUGCUCAGGAUGGCCUUGGGGAGGGGAAGCUCCUGAGCCGGUGAAGUGGGGAACAGUGUAGUAAACAGGUUUCCCUCUGCCUGGGGGAAGCUGGAUAGAGGGGGUCCAGAGCCCUGGAGCUGGAGACAGUAACAUCUCUGGGGCCUGAGGUGUGCCCUCCUGGGAUGUCAGGCUUUUCCUGGCUAACUGGUCGGAGAAGGCAGGUGUGUCAUCCUGGUGCGGCAUCUUUGGUGGGGUUGAGGGGUGGGAAUCGGGGGCAGCCUUGGAGGGGAGCUGCGAUGGAUGGUGGUCAGAAGUGGGCUGGAGGUGACAGUGUGGUGUGACGGCGGAACACUGGCCUCAGAGGUACAGGGCAGAACCCACUCACCAAACAGAGGGAAACUGAGGCACAAUUGCCAGCAGAUUCAGUUCCAAGCGCCCCUCACGCUGCACAGGCCCAGUGAGCUCCUCUGAGGCCUGGCACCAGCCGAGGGCACCUCAGGAAGCGCCCCCAACACCGUGUCUCCAGGUCAGCCCUGUUUUGUGUCAGGGACGUGCCCGUGACAUUUCCCUCGUGAAGCAGAGCCGUCGGGGGGCUGCAGGGCCCUGGGAGCAGAGGCACUGAGAGAUGGAGGGUCAGCCAACCCUAGUGGCCAGGGCUGCUGGGAGGGCAGGCCCCCACUUUGGAGGCAGGCAAGCAGAAGCAGUUGGAGUCGAUUCUUCAGUGGGAGAUUUGGCCGUGGUGUGAGCGAUGGUCCUUUCUAACCUGAAGCUCGGGUGUCUGUUCCGGGACAUGCUUGGACUCCUGCCUGCUUCUCUGCUGACUCCGGGGGAGCCUGGAGGCUAGACCCCUGUGGAUGGCCCUGUCCUUCUGCCCCUCUGCUUGACCCCUCCCUGCAGCUCUGGGGCCCCUUUUGCUGCAGACUGCUUGUAUCCGCACCCCAGCGCGUCUGCUCUGUGCAGGCAUGUGAGUGCCUCUGCCGUGCUCACUGCGUGUCCCCGGUAAAGCCUGUGUGUCCCCGCCUCGUGGUACGUGUUCUCUUCCCAGGAGCCACCCCUCCCUGGGCCCCCUCCACACCCCUGCCCCCUCCUCCUGCCGCUUUCAGGGCUGAGGCCCAGAGCAGGUGGUGACUGGCCCAAGGUCAGACAUCAGCAUGGGGUUUGAAACCAGGUCCCGUGACACCCAGCCAGGAACCAACAGCCCUGACAGUUUUUUCUCCAGUGGCCCCCAGACCAGCCUCUGUAUGGGGCAUGGAGAGAGCCAUGCUGAGGCCUCGGGGAGACACUUGGGGCCCACAGGGGAUGGUGGGGACCCACCAAGCCGUGCUCAAUCUGGAGUCACCCUCCCUUGCAGGGUGGCCGGGCAGGAGGCAGACGGGACAGGGGAGUGGCUGAGAGGUGGGGUGGGAUCAGGCCUAUGCCCCGAUUUCCCUAACAUGCUGUAUGUCCUCAGGCAGCCCCUGACCCUCUCCCAGCCUCAGACCUUCUAAAGGGAACAGCCUGGUUCUCUGAAGCCCCUUGCGGCCCUGCCCCCCCACUGACCAGAGAAGACCCAUGUCACCAUGUCGCCUUAGUGCCCCACCUGACCCUGACCCUCACUCAAUUUGUGGACGGUGACAACAGAGGCCCGGGGAGGAGGCUGCCGGCCCGAAGUCACAGAGGGUAUGUGGAGGGGCCGGCGACGGGGUGCACGUGGAUCAAGCUCUGGGUCUGUGGACCUUCGACCCCAUGACCCUGGCCCCCUGGGACAGGAAGGGCCGAUGCCCCCAUCCCAUCUGAGGGCCCAGGCCCGGGCAAGCCCGGCUUCUCCCCCGAGACAAGGGCAGGCCCCGCUUCCGAGGCCGCUCUUGGGGCUUUGCUUGGGAACAGCUCCCCAGGCAGGUCUCGCAUCCCCGUGUUGCUCCACCCCAGAGCCCUGCCCAGAGCAGCUGCUGCCGCCUCAUUUCCCUUCCCCAAGCCCUGCCCUCCAGCCCCAGCCUCCAUCCACUCCUGAAGAUACUUCUGGGAGGGGUGGGGGGAACAGAGACGGGAACCCAAGCUUCCCACCCCGAGGACAGCAGUAGAAGGCCUGGUUCUGCUCCUGAGACUGGGUUGGGGGGAGUGCAGGGAAUGGGAAAUGAGGACCUGCUUUCCACGGAACCCGUGAGAAACCACCGAGCAGAGAGACCCGCCGUUUCCUGAGCUCCUGCCUCCCACUGAGCCAGUGUACGGUAGGGUGAGGGACCCAGCCUGGCGCUGCCGCCAGCCAUCACCCGCGUGACCCUGAGCAGCCUCUCGGAGCCUGUUUGCUCAUCUGUCGGUGGGGAUAGUAAUGGUUCUUUCCUCAUCGGGUCACUGUGAAGAUGAGAUGACUUAAAGCUAGUGAAGCAAUGAGCUUCCUGAGAGGCACACGGGCUUCCUCUCUGGAUUUCCUCCUUGUACUUUCCCAGUCGCUGUAGACACAGAGUCUCACUUUGCACCAUGAUUCUGAGAGGAGGGUGUUAGGAGAACCUACUUACUAAGGAAGAGUGUAGGGUUCAGAGAGGUGUAGUGAGUUGCUUGAGGCAACACAGCAGCCAGUGCUUAGGGCAGCAGGCAGUGUGGGGUGGAGGGAUAGGCAGGGUCCAGGCCUGGCUCUGUGGUUGGAGAGAGUGGUCAUGGGGGAGUGGAUUCUCCUCACCAUUACCAGGCUUGGAAGGGCCCAGCUGAGGGAACCUUAAGCCCUCACAGUAGCCUGGGAGCCUAGCCCGAGGGGCCGCCCGGGUCUCUGAGCGUCUGGCUGUGCUCACUCCUUGUGAACGGGGAUCCCGGGGCCCCUGCAGGUGUGUCAGCACCCCACGCUCCAGGUGGUGGGCUGGAGGCGCUCCUCUCCCAGGGGGCUGGGGGUGGGGAUUGCCCAAUCUUUCUGGCUUCUUCCAGCCGUGGCGUCUGAAACUCGGGAAUUUGAGACUCUUGGAAUCAGAAGCUGAGAACUGAGAAACCAGAUGCUCAGAACCAGGGACCCUCUUGUUCUGAGGAUCUGGAGAGGUCUGUGGCUCACCUCACCCAGCUUGGGUAACACAGGAAACUCCACUGUAGCCCCUCAGCCUGCAGCCCUACUGGCCUUGUUUAGAAAUGCUCCUGGCUGGCCCUCUGGGGUCCCAAGCAGAAAUGUGUGGGAAGCUCCCUCUCUGCCACACGGACAGACACACACGCACACACUUGCACGUACACAUGCAUGCUUCUGUGCACACACUCACACACGGGCGUUCACUCACUUGCCCAGGGUCCCAGCAGGAUUUGAGCCCAGCCACUUGGGUCUGGGUGGGAGUCCCUGAGGGAGAUCACCGGGGGGUGCUCCAGGUGCUGGGGCACCAGGGGGUACUGUGGCACACCCAUCAGUGGGACUCUGAGGUUUCUGGGUGAUUCUGCAGUGGGUGGCUGUUAAUGGGCGCACGAGGGGCUCCCAAUCCCACCGAGUUCUUGCCUCACUGCCCGGUCAGCCCAAGGAGGUGCCCCAGCCCCUUCAGGCCUGUUUUUCCCAUCUACACAGUGGACUGUCGUUAAGGUUUUCCUUUCUCCUCCUGGGAAGGAGGUUGACCAGGUCCCCCCGAGGUUUGCACACACCAUGUACUCCACACACCAGCAGGGACGACCCCUCAUGUGUGCACAGCCCUCCACAGUCGAUGCAGUACAGCCAAGGCCGUUCUCCACCUUCGUUCCCACAACAGCCUUGGAGGGAGGGUAGGUAGAUGCGGAGACACUGAGGCUCCGGGAGGCGACCUAGUCGAAGCUUAAGUCCCAGCCACACACCGAGGUUGGUAAAUUGAUGUCCAGCAUCAAACGACAAUCAGUAUCAAGGCUACAGAGGACAAGGAGCUUUAUUUGCAGGUCUUGGGAAUUGCAACGGGGGAGACACAGAUUCAGGUAGGACCAAAGAGCGUUCCAGGGAAGAGGAAGUCAUAAGGUCGUUAAAGGAAAUAUGUGUCCUUGAGACUGUCAAGAGUUAUUUUAGGGUAAGGAUCCAAUAAAUAUCUUGAGUUUCUGGAACACUGGGCAAACGUUCCGGAUGGCUGCAUUAAGACAAGAAGUGGUCCAAGUUCAGAUUCCGUGCAGGUGGUGACGUGCAGAAAUCACACUUUCUCGGUGGCCUCCCAGCUCCGUUUUAGAGCGCGGUCUUAGUAAAACUGACUCCACGUGUAUUUUCCUUUCACACCAGUAGUGUGUACAAGCUCACCAGCUGUCCAGGCCCUCGCUGCGGCCGGCAUUUGGGGAUUUUCCUCCCAGAGAGACUCAGCCAGCUGUGGAGCUGGCCCUGGCCCUGUGCCGGGCGGUGGGGAUCGGAGCAGGAGCUUGGGGGAGGGGCUGCCGGACGGCGCCCAAGGGGAGGGUGGGGUCAGGAGGACCCUGCCAGCUGCUGCUCAGCUGGCCCCGGAGGGACAGGGACGGGAUGAGGCCGGCAGAGGGAGCCACCCGUGCAAAGCUGAGGUGGCCUGAGGCAUUCCUAUAGGGCCUGAGGGAGGCAGUGUUCAGGGGUGAAGCUGAGAGCUGCCCGCAGGGCUUUGAAUGCCGGGCCAGGGAGCUAGUGUCCCUGGCAAUGGGGCUUUUCAACUGUAGUCACGCGAGAGGAGAGAGACAGCCUAGUGAGCCCUUGGACCCAUCCCUCCACCUCAACCACUGCCAACUCGUGGUUGAUCUUGUUUCCUCUACAACCCCGCUCCCCCCAGGCAGCAUGUCUUUUCAUCUGUAAAUAUUUCUGGAUGUAUCUCUGAACGAUAAGGACUCGUUCAAAACCCGGAACCAUAAUAUCGUAACAUAACUAAAGUAACUUUAUAAUAAUUCCUUAAUACCAUCAAAUACCCAGUAACUGUUCUGGUUUCCACUCUGGGUCACAAAUGUUUAUAUGUAUGUUUUACAGUUUGUUUGAAUCAGAUCCAAAGGUCCAUUACUGCAGUCCGUGGGUUCCCCUUCAUCUUGUCAUUUUUUUCCCUUGCAAUCUAGUUGCUGAAGAAGCCAGUCAUUUGUCCUGGGAGUUUCCAACCAUCUGGAUUUUGCAGGCUUCGUUUUCAUGGUGUUGCUUAACAUUUGUGCCCUGAGUUUCCUGUGAGGUAACACUCACCUCUGGAGGCUUCAUAAGAUGCGGCACAAUUUUUUUUGCACAACUGCUUCAUAGGCGAAGUUGUCUCAGGAGGUACAUAAU